AUGGAAGCUCAAUUCAGUGCUGGGACAUUAAAACAGCUCAAUUUAUUUACAGAUUCACAAAUAUCUCAAUGUCGUUCAAAGAGAAUUUAUAUAUUGCUUGGUAUUCUGGUCGGAAUCUUUGCUAUCUCGACAGCUGUAUCGACUGUCAUAUUGGCUAUGAAGGACAGCAAAAAAACCGGAACAAUUGCAAACCAUGAAUUAUGUGUAACUCCAUACUGCGUUAAAGCAGCGAAUUAUUUGAUUGAAAGCAUCGAUGAAACAGUCGAACCAUGUGAAGAUUUUUAUCAUUUUGCUUGUGGAACAUGGAUUAAAAAAACUCGAAUACCGGAUGAUGCUGGUGCAGCAAACACAUUUAGUUUAUUACGAACUCAAUUAGAUUACAAUAUUGUUGAUAUAUUGACACCAUCACCUACUAAUGAUUCAACUGAGCCAAAAGCUAUAAUCAAUGCUCGAGUUUUAUAUCAUUCAUGUAUUAAUGAAGAAAAUAUUGAAAAAGAAGGAAUUGAUACAAUUCUUUCGUUAAUCAAUAAAGAAUUUGGUGGUUGGCCUAUUUUACAAGGAUCAUCAUGGAAUAAUUCUAAUUUUAAUCUUUUAAAUCUUUUACUAAAAUUACGCCAAUAUAGUACUAAUAUCAUAUUUAGUGUUAGUACAUUGAUUGAUGAUAAACAUUCGACAAAAUAUGAUACUGUUAUUGGUCAAAGUGGUCUUGGCUUAAGUGAACCAAUAUAUUAUUUCUCUCAACCAAAAUUGGCUAAUCGUUAUCAACGACUUAUCACUUAUGUAGCUAGUGGAUUGUCUAAUGAUACAUCAACGAUGGUACAAGAUGCAAAAGAUAUAUUUGAAUUUGAAAAACAAAUUGCAAUAAUUCAAUAUAAAAAUCAAAUUGAAAAAUAUUAUUGGGCAACAACUGAUCCACAAAGAGUACUCUAUAUACCAAUUGUUACCACUGUUGGCAAUCUUUCGCGCUUAUUAAAUACCACAUUUAAUUUCACAAAUUAUCUACAUUCAGCUUUCUCAUGGGCUGGUAUAGAUCUCCUCGAUAAUGAUAUUGUUACUAUAGAUACACUUGAUUAUUUGUAUCAGAUUUCAUUAAUUAUUGAUCAAACUUCAUCACGUACAUUACAAAAUUAUGUUAUAUGGCUUUUUAUAUGGAAUCAAAUUGAUAAUAUGCCAAAACGAUUUCGAAUUGGUGAUACAAUCACUAAAACAACACGUACGAUAACAUGUGGAAAAUAUGUUAAUCAGAACAUGGGAUUUGCUGUUUCAAAAGUUUAUAUAAAAAAAUAUUUUGAUUAUAAUGCUCGAAAUCAAUCAUUGGAAAUGAUUAGAAAUAUUCGAAAAGCAUGGAUUGAUAUGUUGAAUCAAUCUACAUGGAUGGAUGAUAUGUCAAAAAGUAAAGCAAUUGAAAAAGCUGAAGCUAUUGAUGAGAAAAUUGGAUAUCCAGAUUAUUUAGCCAGUGAUAAUGUAACACAACUUGAAACUGAAUAUGCUGAGUAUAUCUUCAAUUCAUCUCAUAUAAAUAAUGUUUUAAAACUAUUGCAAAUAAAAGCAAAAGAAGAAUUUCAAAAUUUUCGAAAACCUAUUGAUCAUAAAGUAUGGGGUUCUACCCCACCAACUGAUAUUAAUGCGUAUUAUUCACUAUCAAAAAAUCAAAUUACUUUUCCGGCUGGUAUUCUCCAAAUGCCAUUCUUUGAUAAAGAUGCACCAAAAUAUCUUAAUUAUGGUGGUAUAGGGGCUAUCAUUGGACAUGAGAUUACUCAUGGAUUUGAUAAUAAUGGUUGGCAAUUUGAUAAAGAUGGAAAUCAAAUUCCAUGGUGGACUAAUGAAACAGAAGAACAGUUUAUUCAACGUAAAACAUGUAUUAUUGAUCAAUAUAAUAAUUACACUGAAGAUGGCGAUAAAACACAAGGUGAAGAUAUUGCUGAUAAUGGUGGAUUACGAAAAGCUUUUUUUGCUUAUCAAAAAUGGGCAAAAGAUAAUCCAAAUGUCGAUAAAAGAUUACCAGGUCUUUCAAAAUAUUCUCCUGAACAAAUGUUUUUUAUAAAUUAUGCUCAUUCAUGGUGUUCAAAAAUGACUGAUUUAUCUGCAGUUAGUCGUGCUUCAUCAAAUGUUCAUUCGUUAGAACAGUUUCGAGUGCUUGGUCCAACAUCGAAUUUUGCUGAAUUUGAUCGAGUAUUUAAUUGUAAACCAGGUCAAGGAAAUAGUCGAGUGAAUAAAUGUAUUGUUUGGUAG